AGGGGAAGAGGAAGUGUCUUGGGUGCUGGGGAGGACUGGCUUGCAUUAGUGGGUGGGGACGGAUGGUCAUUGUGAGCUUUCUGGACACACGGAGACCUACAGGAUGGAUUUUCUCCGGCUUCGCCUCCCUGGGCUGCAUCAGGCCUUGAGGGGAGCACUGGAUUCCUUCAGUGCUUUUGUGUCCUACCUCAUAGGAGAUACAGUCCCUACGGUAGAGAGGGAGCCACAGGCAGCUGAGGAACUGGGGGAAGUGGCUGCUGGGAACCCAGAGAAGGUUAUAGAGGAGGAAGCCCAGGAGGAAUUGGAGGGAUUUAGGAGUGACCAGAGUGAAAGGGUAGGAGCACCUAGAGAGACUGUAAGAUGCCAAGAAGGAAGUUUAGCGGGUGAACGGGCCUGGGGGUGGAGAGCAGACAGCUCCUCAAGGCCCCAAGCCGAAAGGCAGGACACUGGGUCCAGGGAGGCAGCAGAGGGUGCCAAGGGCCAGGAGCCAAAUGCUCCACUGAAGCCUGAGGCAGGGCCUGGGACUCACAGAGACAGGGACAGUAAUAAAGCCCAGGGUAUCUGGGAGCAUAGUGAGCAGGAAGUGAGCAGUGGGGAGCUGCUGAGAACCUGUGAACAAAAGGAAGAAAAAGAGGUGAUCAGAGCAGCAGAGCCAGAGAUGGCCAGGGGGCUGGAGUCACAGUCAGCCUGGCACAAGGAGCCUGAGGGCAAUGAUGCUGGUACUGAAUGGCAGAACAUAACAGAGGACGGCAGAGAGACAGACUGGGUGGCCAAGGAGGUAGCUGUGGAAACCGAGGGGUUUGGAGCCAAAGGGGCUGACAAGGAAGAAGAGAGGAUAGCCCUGACAAGGGAUGGCCAAAGUGCAAGGGCACAGGGAACACAAAACCCAGGGGCAGAAUCUGAAGACUGGGCCAUGUUGGGUAGAGAGGCCUGGACAGCCUCAGGCAGGGAGGAGGCUGAUAAUGUAGGCAUUCAGGAUGCAGAAUAUGGGUCAGACCCAGAAGAUAGCAUCCCAGAAGCUACUGGGAGAGACUGGGUCCUAGAAGAGGCUUGCAAAGGAGGCCAGCAGGAUGGGAUCAGUGAGAAGAGAGAGUCUGAAGCAAGACAUCAGACCCAGAUCCUGGAGAUGGAGAAAACCAAAGAGAUGACUGAAGGCCAGAUAGCAGGGAAGGAGGAGGUGGGAGACCAGGAGACACAGGGAAGCUUUGAGGAUGAGGAAAUGCAAGGCUUAACCACUGGGGAUAAGGGGGUGAGUCUAGAAGAGGGGGUGCAGGCAGAAGAGUCCCCCAGGGAGAAAAGAAGCCAUGGGACUGCAGAGGCUGUGCUAGUCCCGGACAAGGAGGCUAAAGGUGAGCCUGACUUGGAAGAAUCAGCAGAAGCUGGACCUGAGGAAUUGUUUAUGGGAGAGAAGAGUGAGGCAGCUCAGAAGAGACAAGAGGUAUUGAGAGUUGAGGUCACUGAAGGACAGGACCCUGAGCUGAUGGGAGGUUCCCAGAUCUUGACUAAACAGCUUGAGGAAGAACAGAAGGGUCAGGAAGAGAUUAGGCGAGCUCCGGACCUGAGCCCAGAGGGAAUGCUAAGCUUGGAGGACUGUCCCCAGACUGUGGGGUUUGCAGGUCCUGAGCUAGAAGCCCAGGGAAACUGGAGAAGGGAUGUGGACAGCAUAAAUACCCAGGAGGUAAAAGAAGCAGCUGAGGAAGAGAUUGCAACAGGGCAGACAGUGGAGGUCCUGGCUGAAGGAGGCCAGGAAUCCCAAGAGCCAGAGGUCCCAGGAUGGGGAGCAGAGGUGGGACUGGUCUCUACAGCAGUGAACCAGCAGCUGGAAGGAAGCCAAGGAGCAGAGAUAGUAACAGGCCAGUCAAUGGGAGCUUCUGAGCCCUCAGAAAACAAGGCCAGUGAGGGGGAGGCUGCAGUGCCUUGGGAGGCAAACAGACUGUGUAGGAAGAAAAGGCUGGAGGAGGGCGCAUUAAGCCUGCAGCACAGUGAAGAUACACAGACCCGUUCUUCAGCUGCUGAGAUUAUCUUGGGUAUCAGGACUGUGGGGGCAGAGGAAGGGCCUGAAUGGGAAGCCAGAAUGGUUCCAGAGAGGGAGUUUGGGAGAGCCUGGCAUUCCAAAGGUAGAGAGGAGACUGGGGGAGGCACUGAGCUGGAAGAGGCUGCAGAGAAGCAAUGUGGGCAGAAAAUUGGCUCAGGGGGCUCAGCAGAAGAGAAAGUGACUGGCUAUGAUGUCCAAGAAAUUGAUGGGACUGGAGAGGGAGAGCAGGAGGAGAUGAAGACAUCUGUAAAGGCAGAAGGAAUGAGGGGAAUGGAUGGUAUGAAUUUAGACUCCCAGACAGAGAGAGCUGAGGGGUCUAUAACCAUCAUGGAGACUGAGGGGCCCCUAGGAGAUCCAAUGCUGUUGGAAAAAGAGGCUGAGGGAGGGCUAUCAAGAGAGUGGAAGGGAGAGACACAAAAGCUACACGGUGUGGAGGAUGCUGUGGGAGAAGCACAGAGGACAGAGAUCCAGGAGAAUGAUCCAGAAGAUCUAGAGGACACCUCAGGCCAGGAGAAGCAGCAGAUACACCAAAUCCCCACACUAGCUGUGCCUGGCUUCCCUGAACUGACUGAGGCCACACCAAGUGCCCCAGGGGAGGUGUACAGCAGCUGGAGUGAGGCCCUGCUCCCUGGGUCCCGCCUGGACGUCUCUGUCCCUCGAAGUCGUGUGCUUCUCUCACGAAGUUCCUCAAAGCGGCGCUCAAGGCCCUCUUUGCGUCGAAUCUCUGCUCCUGAGCCGCAGCAGCAUGACCCUCCCAGUCCCCAACCCCAGGAGGCGCUGCUCCCUGAGCAGCCACCUCUUCAGCCAGAGGGAACUUCAGAGCUAAGUGCCACAAGGCCUGAAGGGACUCCAGUGCCAGCCAGGAGAAAAGUCCUGGGACAUGGGUUUGGCUUUGCUCAUCCUGGCAUGAUGCAGGAGCUGCAAGCCCGACUGAGUCGGCCAAAGCCACAGUGACAGGGCCUACAGCCCUUGCAAGACAGGCCUCCUAAGGGAGGAGCAGUUAAAUCCUGCAGCCAGCACCUGUGAGGAAAGACCUGUGGGUCACAUGGUGCCACAUCAAGAACCGGAGAGUUUUCACUCCUGCUGCCCAUCACCUAAUGACAUCCGGGACCACAGGCCAUGAUUGCUCUGGACAGUCUCUGCCUCAGACCUCAGACCUCUGGUGUCAGCAUCUCAUGUCUUAUCUGAGUCUGGUAUUCUGUUUCCUUUUUCUUUAAGAUCAUUUAGAUUUGUUUUAAUGUGUGCCUGAGUGUGUGCGUGUGUAAUACAUGUGUGCAGAGCUUUCGGAGAUGAAAAGAAGCAUCAGGUCGCCUGGAACUGGAGUUCAGGAUGGUUGUGAGCCAUGAUGUGGAUGCUGGGACUCAAACUAGGGUUCUUUGCAAGAGCAAACAGUGCUCUUAACUGCUGAGCUAUCUCUCCAGUCAAGUUUUAAAGUUUUUAAUGGUUUAUUUAUUUUUAUUUUAUUUGUAUGAGCAUUUUGCCUGCAUGUAUGUAUGUGCAUUGCCUGCAAGACUGUUGUUCUCGGAGGCCAGAAGAGGGUGCUAGAUGUCCUGAAACUGGUGUGGUGGAUGUUGGUGAGCAUUUACCCUCUGCAAGCACAGCAAGUGCUCCGAACUGCUGUGCCAUCUCUCCAGCUCUUUGUUUCUUGUGUGUUUGUUUUUGCAGAAUCUUCCUAUGUAACUCCAGCAUAGCCUUGAAUUCACAAUCCUCCUGCCUCAGCCUGUCAAGCAUUUGGGACUACAGGAAUGCAUCACUAUACUUGGCUUACUAGAUUAAAAAAAAUCCAAAAACCAA